AUGGUGCAAAGAAUGGCGAGAAUCACUGACGAUGCCGACUACGAUGCCGGCGAAACGUCUGGGAAUGUACCACGUACACGGUCCGACUUUGGAAAUGAUUAUGCAUACAAUCGACUCCGGACAAGGUGCGUUCCUCUAAAUCUUCCUACCAAUAUGACCAAGUUGUGA